AUGGCAAACGAAAUGGAUGAGUGGCUUAAUGCAUAUACUUUUGACAAUAAUUAUAUGCCGGCGGGUAUAACCAACGAACCCAGUCCAGAUCUCCAAAACCAAGUACCUCAAACAACAACUGGUGCGCCGUGGGUUGCGCCAAAGUCUGGAAGAGCACCGCCUCAGACAGCAGAAUCAAAUCCCGACGAUAGCCAGGAUGAAGAGCUAUCCGAUGAAAGUGAGACUGAAAACAAACUCCUAGAGGAACGUGUCAGAUCUCUCGAAGAAAGCUUAUACAAAUAUCGCAAAGGCAAUGUUCGAAUGAAUAACAGAGUCAAGGAAUUGGCCUCUAGGCGUACGCUAAAAAGCCUACAAGCCAAACUUGGCGAAAUGUCCAAGAAUAUCGAGGACUUACAGUCCAAAUUCUCCGAGAUCUACGCUCAGGAUAAGGCCCAAGAUUUGCAGCAUACGCAGCUGUCUGGAAAGGUAGAAAACCUGCAGGUUUGGGCUAGCGACAUGAAACAGACUUUGGACAAGGCCGUCAAUGCAAUGAAGUAUAUGCGGGGCGAGAACGAAAACACAAUUGCGUCAAGUCGUCAAAAGAACAACCACCGAAUUCGUCGAAACAACAUGCGCCGCAUUCGAAGCGGCCGCUGGUUAGACGUUGCCACUGUUGGUGCGCGUGGAUACGCCAUUCUCGAAAGCGCUUGUCUGAAAUACUUAGUGGAGGGGUUGCCAAAUCCAACCAAGCAAUAUCCUCAAUUAUGGGUCUUUUUGGGCUCUGCCCAGAAGAAUAAGCACUUGCGCGAUCUGUUCCCAGCUAACACGUUUACUCGAGCCGAUUCAGGUACAAUUCGAUUGCGAGGUGACGAAGCAACUGCAGCCAGUGAUUCACCCAUCCUUUUUGCCGAUGGUGAUCCGUGGAAUGCUCCCGUUCUACCAGACUCAAGUCUCGCCAGGGGAGACAGGCGUUACGACCUUAACUACAAUGUAGGCGCUCCCGCGGAUGUCAUUCACGGGUUGUAUUCUAGAGUACUUUUCCUUUUUGCCGAUGUCAUUUGCAUGUUUGCCGAAGAUCUCCCAACCGGGGCCGAUUUCGCUCCUCUCACAAAGCUCUGCACAGCUGAUGGUCUGCCGCUUGAGGCUCGUCCCCACCUGAUCAUCGUAACAGGCAGUCCCUGCUCUGCGUGGUCCACCACAGCUGAUUCCGCGCUACGUUCCGAGGCGUUCUCCACUGUCAGCGUUUUCUCUAUAGACUCCACCCGUGACAGGCUCAGAACUUUAUUGGAGACCCGCUCACAAGAGAUACGUAAACUACGCAAGCAUGUCAUCGGACAUUUGUCGGGGGUGCAGCUGCAGGGCUUUCUCUGGUCGGCGAUGGCAUGCUUGGCGACGAGCCCAAAUCAUACCUACAACUUUGUGCGUGCUUCUCGGACACAGAGCAUACCAGCAGACAUAGGACAUAGCGUCAAUGAUUUUUAUCAGAAGUGUAUUGAGGCGGAGCUAUCUGAUUCGGAUGCUGCUCGCUUCAUCGCAUCGGCUCUGAUGAUGGAUCACUAUUCACCGGAGAUGCCCUUGAUGGACCCAAGACUAGUGUUCCAGACUUUGUAUCGCCCUAUGAUUCAAGCUACAAAUUCUUUUCUAGUCGACGUGAUCGAGUCUGAGAUGGUCACUGAGUUUUCUCAUCUUGCUGCCUAUACUUCACUUGACCGACGGAAACAAUUGAUGACUGCCAAAAAUGGUCAUUACUCGGUAAUAACUUCCAACCGCAUAUGUCUUUAUUGUCUGGUUCAGGCGGCACAGCAUUUUCCGCCAUGUAAUCAUGCGCUGUGUGAUCUUUGCGCCCAAAAAUUUGGAAGCACCUCGGCGGAGACAGAAUACCAAUUUACAUUAGACCAGUGUCUUCUUUGUUGUGAUACCAUUUCAAUGACUAUCGACGUCCUGCCUCCCACCAUGGACCCCAGUAUACUGGCCAUUGACGGAGGAGGUGUUCGGGGGGUGAUGCCUAUUCAAUGGCUGAUUCUCAUCCAGGAAUACCUGGACGAAUGUCCCCUCCAGGACGUGUUCGACUUGGACGUGAGCACUAGCUCCGGUGGAUUAACAAAUCUAGGCCUCCGGGCUUUGAAUUUACCGAUUCAAGCGUGCGCAGCGAUCUUCAAUCGCCUCGCUCAAUGUUUGUUUGAGAAGCGCCGACGUCCUGCUUUUCCGUGGUUGUCUUCAUCUAUUCUGGGUCGCCCUCGCCAAUGGUAUUCAUGGUGGAGACAUGAUAGCUGCUACGACGGUUUGGUGUUCGAUGAUAUCUUGCAACAACUCUAUGGUAAUCAAUCCCUACUUCAUAGCCACUGCCGCGAUCCAUCCGGAUCCAUUAAGUCUGGGGCGAAGUUUGGAGUGGUGGCAACUAGUAUCGGGGCGAAAACGAAGACGGUGAUGAUGGGCAAUUUCAAUGCCGUCAAUGGCACAUCUGAGGACUGCGGUAGGUUUGUUUUUGCUGCCACCACUCCACUCGCUAACGGUUCAGGCUACCAACUUAUUCGACCUAAGAAUAUCCAACACGAACCUAAAGUGUGGCAAGCGGGUCGAGCAACUGCCGCGGCACCUUUCAUGUUUCCCCCAAUUGAUCUCCCAACAGGGACUUUCCAAGAUGGAGGUUUAACGGACAAUUUUGCUGGAGGAAUUGCUCGCCGCGCAAGUCGAACCAUCUGGCCAGGCUCCCGUGAGCCAGCGAGAUUGCUAUCCUUAGGUACAGGUAGCCCCCCACUGUCAGCCGAUGAUGGCUUGCCUCACUUCCGAAAUUCGAUUGUCGACGGGUUUCUCCGUCGCGCGUUCAACGCCUGGAUGACGUCUUUGGAUGGGGAAAGCAAAUGGCGCGAGAUGAAGAGCCAACUGGAUGAAUCAAUCGCAGGGAAUUUUCGUCGUUUGAAUGUGCCUUUAGAAGAAACUUCGUCCGCAUUGGAUAAAGUUGCUAUGAUGGACUAUUAUCGCAAUCUGGUCAUACGCUAUCCGAAAAGCGCACGUAUGGCAAAGGAGGCUACUGUGGAUUUGAUUACGGCGCGUUUCUUCUUCGAACUUGACUCGGUCCCCCAACUGAAUCAUGUUCCGUUCUGGUGUCAUGGAACCAUUCGGUGUAAGGGUCCAGUUGGUCCACUUCUAGCGGCACUGCAGCAGUUAGUUCCGGAUCCACUUGAGUUUGUAACUGAUAUCCACCGUCUUGGACCGAUACGUGUUGAAAGGGACAUCUGUCCAUCUUGCAACCGGUUCUGCUGGCCGGUUUCGUUACGCUGUCACGACCCCACCCAAUGUAUUCAGGUCUACAUCAAAUCAGGUCGAUAUGGUAAAUGGAGGAUCAAUUCAUUUCCAUCUACCCCUAUUAAGUUGGUCAAACGGCAGCAACUAGAUUCCCCGUUUGGAAAAGCCGAUCAUGGAUGCCCUGUUCGAAAACCAUGUCCUGCAUGUGAUUCCAAAUUUCACCUCUUGAUGGUGAAUGGCACAGAGGCUACCGUGGUCACUGCAGGCAACUAUCAUCUACCUGCAGAAGAAUUUCUGGCAAACGCAUCCACUGUUGAAAGGCUCACCAUAGAGGAUCUCGAGAGGACCUACGGCCAGACUACUGCCCAACCUCGCCGACAAUACGUCAACUCCGAACUUGAUAUGGAUGACUCCGCAGAUGAUUUAGAUAUGGGAUACUCCACGGAUGGCACUGAUUUGGAGGAUCUGACAGAGGAGAACAACAUCUGGAACAUCGUCUUUUCAAGCAUGACACCUCCGAAGAGCAUUGAUAUUAGCCAAGCAUACUCAUUGACCGUUGGGUGCAUUGUCAUCUUCCUCCUUACAUUUCGCCUAUGCCACACCGUUUUUGAUUAUCUAUACCCCAGGCUUAAGCAUUUGGUGCACCGUCUCAGCCUUCCACGACCACGCAGCCGUCUCUCGGGUGUUCUCCCCAAGGACUGGUCUCGGAUCGCUCUAGUGGCGAUUUACCUUGGUGGCACUGUAGCAAGUAACGUGAUCUACGUUUCGACUCUUGCCGAAGCCAGUUCCCGGGCAGCUAAGCUUUGUCUUGCAAACGUUGUUCCUCUUAUGGUGUGCAGUCAUGAGGUUGGUGCUCAUUUCUUUGGGGUGUCUCUUGAUUUAUUUCGUAGCCUUCACCGAUUAUUGGGAACCAUGGCAUUUCUUCAAGGCCUCGCCCACGGGUUUUAUGAGGUAGCGUCGGCACCAGUGGAUGUUCACGACAGCACUGUCGUGUAUGGAAUAUCUGCAUCGGUCAUAUUUGCUUCGCUCAUGUUAUCAUCCGUCUUCAAGGCACGUGUCUACGAGCUUUUUACGCAAUCACAUCGUGCCUGUGCUUUGGGUCUAGUAUUUGUAACUUGGAAGCACAUUUACAAUAAGUCAGCACUGUCGACUUGGUGCAUUGCCGGUGCCACUGCCGCAUAUGCCCUUACGUUCUUGUUUCAGAUAUUACGAAUAGUGGUCCGAAAUCUGACAUUUGCCAGACGUGCAGAAUGUUUGAUCAAUCAUCAGGGAAACAAUUUAGAGGUCAUCGUGUUUCCGGCUCGCCCAUGGAAAAUUCGAGCAGGAGAAAGGGUCAAUCUCAGUAUCCCCAGUGCUGGACUGAUGUCCAUCUUUCAACUGCACCCUUUUGUGAUUACGUGGUGGGAUAACAGUGAGUCGGGGAAGUUGGAAUCAUUCACGUUGCUCGUGAAACCGCGCUCAGGAUUCACCAACAAGCUGAAAAUGUUACCAAGCACUCGCCACAGGGCCUGGAUUGAUGGUCCAUACGGACCCGAUCGAGGACUAGGCACUCCCAUAUCAGACUACGGUCAUAUCUUCAUGGUUGCAACAGGGAUUGGAAUUGGGGCUCAGAUCCCUUACAUCAAACAGCUUUUAGAGGGCUAUCGGCGCGGAGUCGUACGGACUCAGAAGAUUGUCCUGAUAUGGCAGAUGGACUUGGAAGCGGAUUAUGAUGAUGUACAUGAUUGGCUGCAAGAGCUUGUCUCCCAGGAUAGUGGAUAUCAUUUUCGGGUCCGCAUAUUCAAUCCCGCUCUACCACCAUCUCAAGAUCCGCAUGACGUUGGUCAACACGAAUUGAUCAAAAUAUGGGGUGGGGAUGUGGAUUGGCGAGGCGAAUUGCGAGAGGAACUACAGACGCAGGUGGGCGAUAUGCUGAUAACAGUGUCUGCAAAAGCGGGAGUUCGUGACGUUUUUCGUAGAAUGGCUCGAAAACGUCAACCGGUGGACUUGCUGGAGCUGGAGUUCCAGCCGUGGGAGUGGAAGCGUAGCUUUUGGUCGUAUUUCUAA